UGUUUGUGAAUCGCACCGCGCUGCGUCUAGGUUGGCUGUCAAACGCCAGCGUUGGCAAGUAAAAAAUCAAUAAAAUGUAUGUUUUCAUAAUUUUGAUGGUUGUUUGCUGAGCAUUUCUUUACCUUUGCGCUAGCUUUUACAUAAUAUUCUUCCGCUUCCGUUGUGUGGGUUAGGCGAAGGAUAAUCAGUCGUUUGAAGGCGGUUGUGAGCAUAAGCAACAUAAUUGCGGCGAACAUUUUUGCAAGCAUUGAAAAAUAGAAAUUUAUUAUGUACAUAUGUAUGUAUAUGUGAAAUGAGUUGUACAUACUAAGUACAUAUGUACUUAGUUGCAAUAUAUAAGACUGUGUAAAUAGCUAUUGUCUGUAGCGUGUUCGUGUAGCAACUAGGAAAUAGCAGAAAGUGCGCAUAAAGAUAUACCUGCAAAACAUAAGCAAUAACGGUGUUACAAGGAAAUCAUACCGCAUGUUGUGCAAUUCAUAUCAAAGCAGCGGCAACAACAACAGCAGCAAACAACAACUGGCGUUGUAGUGUCAUCGCGAACAGUGUCGGUUAAAUAAAUGUGGAUUAAUAGCCCAUAUUGGCGCGCCAUCCGGCGAUGUUUAUUCAUUUUCGUCGCUAUCUCGCUGCUGCCUUUGGCGCUCGUCUAUAUGGUGCGCCUGGACCAGGCCUAUCGCCUCAAAGGAUAUGAGGCGACAAAGUUCAACGAUCAUUUCGGUGAUCAAAGUUUUCGUUAUCCGGUAAUGUUGCUGGGGAAAAAUAAGGAUCUAACGGUAGCGGCGACAGGCAGUUCGCGCAAAAAAUUUUACAAAUAUGCUAAAUAUGUUAAUGAGUCACACCUGCCAGUUUUGCCAGAAGAUGCCGUGCACACGCUCGCCCCGAUCGAUGUGGAGCGCGUCGAGAAGCGCAUGGAGCGGCGACGUAAGCUGCUGCAGGAGAAAUGCACCGAAUUCGGACUGGAUGUCGUGGGUAACGACACCUGGCACAAGCCCAACGCUUGGGAGUUUUUAGUCAAUAAAAAAUAUCACAUCAUAUGGUGCAAUGUGUUCAAAGCCGGCUCCUCAUCAUGGAUGUACAAUUUUAAUGUAUUAGCCGGUUAUUCGCCGGAAUUCCUACAACGAACCAAAGAAGUGUUCCUCACUUUGGCACGGGAACGUUAUCCUCGUUUCUCUAUUGAGAAGCUGCGAGAAGCACAAAAUGACUCGAUUACAUUCAUGAUAGCACGCCAUCCAUUCGAGAGGCUAUUGAGUGCAUAUCGUGAUAAGAUGGUAUUUGCCAUACCGCAUUCCUAUCACGACAAGCUGGGACGGCGCAUUGUGCGCAAAUAUCGCAGCAAAAAUUUGGAUAUGAACUCACCCAGAUAUCCCACAUUCCCGGAGUUUGUACGUUGGCUUCUGGUUCAAAUCAAGCACGGCAGCGUUCAAAUUGACAUGCAUUUCGUCUCGUCGACGAUGUUCUGCACGCCAUGUCUCAUCAAUUUCGAUGUGAUCAUGAAAUUCGACACACUGGACGAGGACCAAUUAUAUCUCAUUAACAAGACUGGCUUGUCGCGUGUCAUAGCGCCGGAAUGGCGGAAUGCGGGCAAAGGCAAGAAUACGCAGGAGUUGCUGCAGUCAUUCUAUUCAAAAUUAUCGCCAAGAGAAUUGCAGGGAUUGUAUCAAUAUUAUAAAUAUGAUUUUGAGCUGUUCAACUAUAGCGCGGCAUCGUAUUUCAACUUGGUACAUGAAAAUGGCACUUGAAAAUAAACCGGUGACAGCCGUAAGGGCAGCAGCAAUUUAGGCGCUUCACAAUGCAGCCGCACUCAACACAGCAACAACAACGAAGCACACACAUAUAUGCACACAAAUCAACAUAUACACCGACAAAUCAUACAUAUGAACUAACAUACGUACGCGUAUAUACAUACAUACAUAUA